AUGCCAAAAAGGGCCCCACAGCCUCUGGGGGGCCCCCCCGGGGGGCCCCCCCGGGGGGCCCCUGUGGGGCCCCCAAGGGGGCCCCCCGGGGGGCCCCCCGGGGGGGCCCCCAAGGGCCUCCUGGACCUCUUUUGGGAACUUCCUGUUGCUUCUCCUGAGGGCCGCAUGCAAGGCGCAUGCAGGCUUGUGGGGUAUUUGCUGCGCUGCAGCAAAGGCCCUGCUGCAGCAGCAGCAGCAGCAGCAGCAGCAGCAGAAGCUCCAGCAGCAGCAGCAGCAGCAGCAGCAGCAGCAGAUGUGAAAAAAGAAGCAAAUAAUAUAAAGCCUUUUAUUGUUUGCAGAAGCAGCAACAGAACAGUUCCUAGUGAGCUGACCUACGCAGCAAACAGACUUCUUCAAGGGCUAGCUUCGCCUAGCGCAUGCGCUCGUGAGGCCUACACGCUGGCGCUGCUGCUGCUGCUGCAGCAGCUGCAGCAGCAGCAGCAGCAGCAGCAGCAGCAGCAGCAGGAAGACGACGAGGGUUUGAUUUGCGUGGACUUGCAGUCGUUUUGCCAAACCCUAAAAAAGGGUUUUCCGAUCAGUAAAGUAACUGCAGCAGAAGCAAAAAGAAUGCAUUUGGCCCGCUGUCUCGGGGUGUAUGUACUCCUUUCUUUGGACUUCUUCAAAACAAAAAAGAGUCUCACAGAAGCAGCAGAAGCCCUCGAGUGGCUGUGGGGCGCCUUCAGCGAAAAGCUGCUGCUGCAGCAAACAGCAGCAGCGCUGCUGCUGAAGCUGCUGCAGCAGCAAGCCACGUAG